AUGAACAGUCCUCCAAGUACCGUAGAAGCUACUGUUAUUACUCGUCUAUUAGAGGCCGGUGCCAUUAUAUUAGGUAUAACUUCAAUGCCUAAUAAUGGUGUUAGUUGGGCUGUUGAUGAUAGUGCUUGUGGUGUUGUUAAUAAUCCACACGAUACGAGAAGAAUGUCUGGGGGGAGCAGUGGAGGUGAAGGCGUAUUAGUUGCCUCAGCUGGUUCACUCUUUGGCAUCGGAAAUGAUAUUGGAGGUUCUGUCAGAAUCCCAGCAUACAUGAAUGGAAUUUUUGGAUUGAAACCAACAACGUUCCCAAACCAUACAAUCCCAGUAGAUGGAAUAUUACCAAAGUUUACUGAUUAUCAACCAGCUUCUGAAAUGUUAACAAUGGGUCCUUUAGUUCGUUACGCUUCUGAUUUGCCUCUUAUUAUGUCGGCAAGUUUUUUUUAA